AUGACCUCCCCCGCCCACUUCCUCCGGCUGUGUCUGCGGCCCAGCAGGAGGGUACCGAGCCUCCGUGCUGCCGCAAUUCAACAGUCUUUUUCUCGCCGGCCACUGUCGACAACGCAAUGGCGGCCCGCAGCACCAACCGACAAUGCCAGCAAAAAUGAGUUCCAGGAGGAAGUCGAGGAGGAUUUUGGCAACCCGGGCCAGUUUUUGAGGAGUUUUCUUCGAGACGAGAAUAUUUCCGAACAAGAACGGGCAUUGGCCACACGCAUGCUUGAGGACUGGCAAAAGGUGCCACCGAAGCAGCAGGAGGCGUUCGACAAACUCAACGAGGAGAUCAACGAGGAGAGCGCAGAGCUACGGAGGCCGGUGCGGGCUAAGAAGCAGAGCUUCUGGAAUACCGAAGAGGUCGAUUCGGACCUGAUCACCGACGAAAUCGGCGAGGAUGAUUUCGAAGAGGACGACAUAAUGGCCAUGGGCCACGCAAAGUUGGAGGAGCACCGCGAGUUCAGAGAAUACGCGCGGGUUGCCGUGUGGGAGAUGCCGCUGCUCUCAAAACUCGCCAAGCCGUUUCAACCACCCACCGAACAAGAGAUUUUGCGCUUCCGGUACACAACUUAUAUGGGGGAAUUCCACCCCGCUGACAGGAAGGUCGUGGUCGAGUUCUGUCCCGCGGAUAUGCAGGAUCUUACUGCGGCCCAGCAGUUGAAACUCAAGAAACUUGCUGGGCCCCGGUACAACCCAGAGAAGGACAUUAUCAAGAUGAGCUGCGAGCGGUUUGAGCACCAGGCCCAAAACAAGCGGUACUUGGGAGACCUGGUGGAUAAGAUGGUUGCGACGGCAAAGGACCCCACCGACAUGUUCGAGGACCUUCCCCUCGACACCCGCCACCACAAGUUCAAGCCUAAGCUCAAGUUCCCCCGGGAUUGGUACCUGACCGAGCAGCGGAAGGCGCAGCUUGAGGCACAAAGGAAGCAGGCACUGCUUCUAGACGAGGAGAAACGGACCCAGGGAACCCAUCCCGGUGAUGAGGGGGCGACCGUCGCGCCGGUAGUGUGGUUGCCCCGGACUUCGGAAACUUCACAACCCGUUGGACCGGUGAGGGCUCUGGCCGUUUCGCCCCCAACGGGCACACGUAACCUCGAUAUGACAUGA